GCUGGCCGCCGCCGUUGCCUCCGCUGCUGGGCGCCGGGACAGCUCCCCGGGUUCCUGCAGCCGCCAUGGACGAGCAGGCGGGUCCUGGCGUCUUUUUCGGCAACAACCACCCGGGCGCCGGCGGUGCCAAGGGGCUCGGGCCUCUGGCGGAGGCUGCCGCGGCUGGCGACGGGGCGGCUGCGGCGGGGGCGGCCCGAGCCCAGUACAGCCUCCCGGGUAUCCUGCACUUCCUGCAGCACGAGUGGGCCCGCUUCGAGGUGGAGAGAGCCCAGUGGGAGGUGGAGCGGGCGGAGCUGCAGGCCCAGAUUGCAUUCCUUCAAGGGGAAAGAAAAGGUCAAGAAAAUUUGAAGAAGGAUCUUGUGAGGAGGAUCAAAAUGUUGGAGUAUGCUCUUAAACAGGAAAGAGCCAAAUACCACAAGUUGAAAUAUGGGACAGAAUUGAAUCAGGGAGAUAUGAAGCCUCCAAGCUAUGAUUCUGAUGAAGGUAAUGAAACAGAAGUGCAGCCACAACAAAACAGCCAAUUAAUGUGGAAACAAGGUCGACAACUACUCAGACAGUAUCUACAGGAGGUGGGUUACACAGAUACUAUUCUAGAUGUGAAAUCUAAACGAGUGCGAGCUUUGUUGGGCUUUUCUAGUGAUGUCACUGACAGGGAAGAUGACAAAAAUCAGGACUCAGUUAUAAAUGGCACAGAGGCUGAAGUUAAAGAGACAGCAAUGAUUGGGAAAAAAGUGUUGCCUGAUAGCAGUGAAGAUCGAGAUACAAAAGAAGCUUUAAAGGAGUUUGACUUCUUGGUUACAUCAGAGGAAGGAGACAAUGAAUCUAGAAGCGCAGGUGAUGGAACAGACUGGGAAAAGGAAGACCAGUGUCUCAUGCCUGAAGCCUGGAAUGUGGACCAGGGAGUAAUUACCAAACUCAAGGAACAAUACAAAAAGGAGAGAAAGGGGAAAAAGGGGGUGAAGAUGGAAGCGUUGACAUUUCCCCCUUCUUCUGGAAAGUCAUUCAUCAUGGGAGCAGACGAGGCCCUUGAAAGUGAACUAGGACUUGGAGAAUUAGCAGGCCUUACAGUGGCGAAUGAAGCAGAUUCGCUAACUUACGAUAUAGCAAACAAUAAAGAUGCAUUGAGGAAGACAUGGAACCCUAAGUUUACAUUAAGAAGUCACUUUGAUGGCAUCCGAGCCCUUGCUUUUCACCCCAUUGAGCCUGUUUUGAUAACAGCAUCAGAGGACCACACAUUAAAAAUGUGGAACUUGCAGAAAACAGCCCCAACCAAAAAGAGUACUUCUCUUGAUGUAGAGCCUAUCUAUACAUUCAGGGCCCAUAAAGGUCCAGUGCUUUGUGUGGUAAUGAGCAGCGAUGGUGAGCAGUGUUACAGUGGUGGUACUGACGGACUGAUCCAGGGCUGGAAUACCACUAAUCCCAACAUCGACCCCUAUGACUCUUAUGGUCCAGUGCUUUGUGUGGUAAUGAGCAGCGAUGGUGAGCAGUGUUACAGUGGUGGUACUGACGGACUGAUCCAGGGCUGGAAUACCACUAAUCCCAACAUCGACCCCUAUGACUCUUAUGAAUUGGGAAUUCCUGCCUCUGUGGAUCUGGUAAGCAGUGAUCCGAGCCAUAUGGUAGCAUCAUUCAGCAAAGGAUAUACAAGCAUCUUUAACAUGGAAACCCAACAACGCAUUCUCACUUUAGAAUCAAAUCUAGAUACACCAGCCAGCUCUUCCUGCCAAAUAAAUAGAGUCAUCAGUCAUCCUACUCUUCCCAUCAGCAUUACUGCUCAUGAAGACAGGCAUAUCAAAUUUUAUGAUAACAAUACAGGCAAACUGAUCCACUCGAUGGUAGCCCACCUAGAAGCUGUUACAAGUUUAGCAGUUGAUCCUAAUGGCCUCUACUUGAUGUCUGGCAGUCAUGAUUGUUCGAUACGUUUAUGGAAUCUAGAAAGUAAGACAUGUAUCCAAGAGUUCACAGCUCAUCGGAAAAAGUUUGAAGAAUCCAUUCAUGAUGUAGCUUUCCACCCAUCCAAAUGCUAUAUAGCCAGUGCUGGAGCUGAUGCACUGGCUAAAGUCUUUGUAUGACACGAUGCAUCAUCUUCGCCUUCUAGCUCUUUAUAAAUAAUCAACUGCACAAAAGAGAUACAGAAGACAAGGGCAAGAGUCAACUUGUCUUGCCCUUUUGUUCUGCUGAAGGAGCACAGAGAACAUUUGUUAAAGUAUAGUUUUGCAAUUCAUAUACUGUUUUCUAAAACUAAGGUUUGUUCAGGUUGCUGCAAGCUCGGCUGAAUCUAUGAGCCUGAAAACUGUUAUAAAUUUUCUCCCAAAUAGGCGCUUUUAUUUCUGAGAUUGUUCUAAUUCGCUAGGCAGGCCUGAGCGAAUAUAGGUUUAGCUUGUCC